AUGCAGUUCGGGAGCCAAACCCUCCUCCUCGCCCUUGUCGGCGCCCUCUCCGUCGUCCACGCGUCCCCGGCGGCGUCCCCUGACGCCCUCGCGGCCGGCGAGGCAGCCCGCGCAGAGCCCAAUGCCGACUGCUGCUCGUGCGACAUCCAGAACCCGGGGCCCAACUACAUCUGCACCGUGCCCAAGGGCACCUGCAACGUCCCAGCCAUCGCGUGCCCGCACGACCCGGCGACGCAGGAGCAGUGCUGCUGCUGCGACAUCAACGUGCCGGCGAUGCGGUGCAAGGCGAUUCCCAAGGGGAGCGGGUGCAUCUGCACCCAGGUCAAAUGCCCUUUCCAGUUCGACUAUUCGUUCUUGCCAAAGUCCGGAUGA